GUUGUUUGGCCGAUAUUCCCGACCCGCAGUUAAAAUCUGUAGUGCACGCAGGCGUCUAGUCAAAUUUUCCUGAGUUGAUUGCGCGUACUUGAUUAAAUUUGAGGUUUUCUGAUCAUAUUAAUUCGCUUUCUGAAGGCCAUGGCGACCUUGGAAACCCAAUUUCAGAAGUUCUGUGUGUUUGGCGCCAGUCAAGGUUCAACGUCCGGUGGUCCUCAGAUUGCGCUGUCCAAUAUCGACAAGUGGUUCAAGCAGGCCGGCGUUUUCACAAAGAAGUUCACAACGACCGACACGGGGAUUCACUUUGGAAAACUCAAACAGAAGAAAAUUGGUUUCGGUGACUUUAAUAAAUUUUUGGAAGACAUAACAUCAACCAAGAAGAUGGAUUUGGAUGCUUUCAAGACGAAGUUGACGAAUUGUGGCGAUCCCGGAACCAAGGGCGCAACGAAAGCGGUCAAGACGGGUGCCGUGGACCGUCUCACAGACACCAGCAAGUACACUGGCAGCCACAAGGAGCGCUUCGACGAGUCGGGCAAGGGCAAGGGCAUCGCCGGAAGAGAAGAGCAGACCAGCAACGACGGCUACGUGUCAGGCUACAAGGAGAAAGACACCUACGACAAAACCCACUAGGUGGCAGCACUAUCGCCCGACAGGCGGCGCUCGGUGGUCAGUGUACGCCACAUUCACGAUUCAAGCUGGGGUACGCCGAUCUCGGAGGACUCUUGAGGUAUUGUGACAAUUGACGAGCGUAUUUUAAACGUUGC